GUGAUCAUGACUAGAUAGUGAUAUUAUAAUGGAUGUUCUUGGAGAAGUUCAGGGGCUGUACAGUACGGAGGCUGGCUGGCGGACAACCCCUCACCAAGCCCGCCCCACAUGACCACCACGCCAACCCUUAGGUAUGGACUCCUGAACCUUCAAGCAUCAAUGAUGUUCAGCAACAUUCAAACCAAUUAUUCCUUCGGAGCAACACUUAUGUUGCGAUAUACAUUCUUACUUUCGCGACAGCGAUGCAUCAUCAGCCCACUACUACACGCGUCGUCAGAGUCUUGUGACAAGGAAGUUGAUCCGUCUUACACGCAAAUAGCCCUGAAUUUUGGCACCGUUCUGUCGUCCCCUCUGUAUCUGGAGCCUUCGGACGUAUCGAAUUGUUUCUGCAACGGCAUCAUUAUAUAGGAACCGCGGGGAUACCCGUCAUAUAAUUGUUGUCCUAUCAAAGGACACUGGACUAGGUCGGAGAAGCCCCAGUGGUUCUUCCCCCGCUCCGGUGCAUUAGAUGCCGUAUGGAACCUCCCGUAGCAAGGCUGCAAGCAAGUUUAUGUCCAAGAUUAUAAGUACUUACUUGUUUCCUCCCAAUCUUAUUCCUGUUCUGUCAGAUUUCAUUCUCCAUCUUUGGUACUACCCCUCAUUCAGUAUGUCAAAGCCAGCCGGAGCUCCAAGUGGACCACCAGGCUUCCCUCCAUUCGAAGCCUCUCUCUCAGACUUGACCAAAUUAUCUUCUGCAAUCCAUACUUCAAUUACAGAUUACGAGAAUGCAAAGACCCCCAAGGAGAAAGCUGCAGCUCUGCAAAAGAUCCAGGCCAGCUCCACCAGACUGUCCCGUACUACCACGCCUCUCCAGCAACAGUUCAUGCAAAUCAAUUUCGGGCCUAACGUCAAUGUUGCAAUACGAAUCGGACUUGAGAUGGGUCUCUUCACCGCACUCCCAACAUCUGGUGACCCCUCCACCGUCGCCAACCUAGCCCGGCAGACAAACGCUCAAGAAGAAUUCCUGUUCCGCAUAGCACGAACCCUUGCCGUCUUCGACAUCCUCCAAGAAUGCGACUCUCCAACGUCCGAUUUACCAUCCUACAGUCAUACGCCUUUCUCCCAAUUCCUCACUCUACCACCCGCAGAAGCUUCCACUCGACAUCUCUUCGACAACAUGCUACAUGCACAAGUCAACUCUGCGCGCGGAUACUACCUCAAGUACGGCUUCAAGAAUCCCGAAGACUCGAAGAACAGCCCGUUUAGCUUUGCGAAUGGAAGGGAUGAUAAGGGCAUCUUCGAUAUACUGGAAGAACAACCGGAGAGGAUGAAAAUGUUCAAUAGUGCUAUGGCGAUACAGGCUACAUUGGGGCUGAAGGAUGUCCUCCUCACGUACCCAUUCGACAAGCUGGAAGCCAACGAAGACGGUGUGGUGCUCGUCGAUGUAGGAGGCGGAAAGGGACAAGUCAUCAACGAAAUCCAGACAGUAUACCCCAACUUGCAUGGCUCCAUAAUACUAGAAGACAUGGAAAUCGUUCUACAAGGCGGUACAAUUGUCCCAGACGAGAUCAUCAAGCAGCCAUAUGAUUUCUUCAAAGAAGAGCAACCGAUCAAAGGCUCAAACUAUUUCCUCAAAUCCAUUCUCCACGACUGGCCCGACUCGUCCUGUCUCCAAAUCCUUAAGAGCCUCGCCCCAGCCAUGCGCGGCUCACCAUCGUCGCGCCUCCUCCUCUGCGAACUUGUCCUUCCAGAUCGCAACCCCACUAUCGGCCAGGUUCUACGCGAUAUGAAUAUGCUUGUCAUUGCAGGUAAGGAGAGGAAUAAGUUGCAGUGGGAGAAAUUGCUUGGGCUGGCAGGAUAUAAAGUUCUGGGCUAUUAUGGAUUGGAGAGCCCGAAUAGUAGUAUCAUUGAGGCGGUGCUUGAUGAGUGAGGCCGUGAGGCAUGGGGAUGGUGGUGGGCAUGAAGGGGAGAAAUUGGAAUCUCUACCUCAUUCGUGGACUUCAGCUCUAAUAUAUUUAUAAUCCGCUCAUUUCUGAUACCGAACACACUGGCAGACCAUGCUUGAAUGGUUUAAUACGUGAGGGCCGGCGACUGUUACUAGUAAAACGCGAAGUGGGGACCUGUUUAUUG